UAAAUUGACAGGAGGAUGCUUAGCUGCAUUCCCAUCAUUCUGUGAGGAGAGGAGGAUCCCCCUGCGCAUCCACGACGGAGGAGAAACCGAGCGAUAAGAACAUAUAAAAAUAAUCCGAGUUGAGCUCUUUAUCUGCCACCAUGUCAGCUGGAGGAGAUUUGGGGAACCCCCUGAGGAAAUUCAAACUCGUGUUUUUGGGAGAGCAGAGCGUGGGGAAGACGUCUCUCAUCACUAGAUUCAUGUAUGACAGCUUCGACAACACAUAUCAGGCCACCAUUGGAAUAGACUUCCUAUCAAAGACCAUGUACCUGGAAGACAGAACAGUAAGGCUGCAGCUGUGGGAUACUGCCGGACAGGAGCGUUUCAGGAGCCUCAUCCCCAGCUACAUAAGGGACUCUACAGUCGCUGUGGUUGUCUAUGACAUCACAAAUGUGAACUCGUUCCAGCAGACCUGCAAAUGGAUUGAUGAUGUAAGGACAGAGAGAGGAAGUGAUGUCAUCAUUAUGCUUGUAGGCAACAAAACCGAUCUGGAAGAGAAGAGGCAAAUCAUGAUCGAAGAAGGCGAGCAAAGAGCCAAAGAGCUGAACGUCAUGUUCAUUGAGACCAGUGCCAAGACGGGCUGCAAUGUCAAACAGCUGUUUCGUCGGGUUGCAGCAGCCCUACCUGGAAUGGAAAGCUUGGACGAUGCAAACCCUGAGGGCAUGAUUGACAUCAAGCUGGACAAACCGGCAGAGCCCACUGUGCCCGAGGGCGGAUGCUCCUGUUAAUGCAGAGCUGGAAUCGGACAGCUCCCUUCACACCAUAGGCUUGUUGUGUUGCUUACUACUGGUUAGCUUCCAGUUGACUUCUCUAAUUGGAUAUAGGAUGUGGGCCUUGUAUCUGAUUGGACAAAUCAAAUGUUAUCUUUCAGUCUUGUUCAGUUGUAAAAUAUUGUAUACUUUGUCAAUAUGUAAGUGACUGGAGGAGAAAAGGGAAACAAAAAAACGAACAAAAACACAUGCUGAAAUAAAAAAAUUAACAAAAAACAGUUUUGGAAAAUGAAAAAGGAGAAAACGGGACAACCAACAGAAUUCUUUUCGCUGUUAUGUUUUGUAUUUUUUAUAUAUAAAAAGGGAAAGCACCAAAAAUGAUGCCUAAACAUGGAAGGAAAAAUAGUGGUGGAGGUCGGCCAUUUUUGUAGAUGGCCGAACACGUCUGAAUGUCUGCAGCACGCAUGCACGCUGAUCUUUGGCCUGCCCUCCAGGGUCUCCACACUCUGGAAGCGGGUUGACUAUCUUAGAAUGUUUUAUAGCAUCUCUCUCUAUAGCAUCUCAUGACAAAAUGUAUCUCAUUUGAUAUUCCCACAAGAGUCAACUUUCAGUAGGUUCACCUUACAGUAGCUGUGAAAAUGUGGCACUCUAUCUCUCUAUGGGUUUAACUUUUAUAGAACAAACUGUACUGUGGUAAAAACAAAAAAGAAGAAGUAAUAAAAAGACAACUUAUUAUCACAACUCUCCCUCCUCAAACUACUCCUCUCCUCCUCUUUCCUCCUUUCCUCUAAACUCCUCCUCUCCUUCCAGUGUCCCCCAUCCCUCCAUCCCGGUAAUACACAUAUAACAAUCCACUGUAAUGCACUGCACUGUAUAUAAUAAUGUAAUAUGUAUGUUGUGAACGUCCCUCUGUAGAAGUGGUCCUUGUUCACCAGUAUGAAUAAUGUAAUAAUGUUUAAUGAAUAAUAAAUUACAGAUUAAAGGGCUUCACUCUCCUAACCAUUAA